AUGCAGAAUAUAAAAGGAGUAGCAAUCGAGAAACUGAUUUGCGUUUUUAAUUUUUUUAAAGGUAUCCAGUUGUAAUCGAAAAAGUGUAGUGAUGAAGUUGAUUCUGGUUAUUUUGUGCUGCACUCUGGGGACCGGCUACGCUCAAGGAGUACCAUGUGACUUGACGACACCAGGAGCAUAUUCCGGAGUUAUUUGCGUUUCGAAGACGCAAUUCGUAUUUCCAGAUACUGCUGGAUCUACUACGGAUCCUUCAAGUACAACACCACAAACUCUAGACGCGACAACAGAUGCAACAACAACACCGGAACCUUUGGAGUGUCCAGAAGGACUUGUUUGCGCUGAUGUUCCCGAGAUAUGCACUUCGGCUCAAGAGCCCUUGUGUAAAAACACAGUCGCGGGCCAAGGCGGUUCUUGUAAUGAAUGCCUCGAUGACAAUGCGAGUAAAGUUUGCAUAAGCGAGACGGAAUAUUCUGUCUGCAAUCGUGGUAGCGUGAUAGCGAUCUUGAAAUAUACUUGCCCUACGGAUAAGCGUUUCUGCAAAACAGUUGAAGGCGUUGCAGAUUGUCAAACAGACUCUGCCGAUCUUGACUGCGCUGGUGCAACAAACUCAACCACUGGGGGGGAAGGAGGAAAUAAUGGAGGAACUGGCGGUACUCCUGGGGAAACAACAUGCACCUCUAAUGGUUUAUUCCCGGAUACUACUGACCCAAACUGCACAAAGUACUACAAAUGCACGGAAGUCGAACCAGGAAAAUAUAAUACCAUCCACUUGCAAUGUCUCAAUGCAGGCUUUGGUUUUAAUCCGACGACGAAACUUUGCGAGCGGGACUAUGUUUGCACAAAUACUGCACAAGGAUGAACAAAUGGUGGAUUGAUUCCGAGCUCCCAACAAGGAAAUACAGGAAUUAUGUUAGGCUGCCGCUUUUCUUUUAAGUGGAUUAGAAAUCUCUAAUAGUUUCCGUACUAUGUUGUUGUUCUUUGUAUUCCAUUUCCUCCUCCUUUUUGUUGCGGUGCUUGAUUAUAAUAAAUUUAAUACUUCUGAAUCAAAA